CGAGAUGGCUGGACCUACAACAACCACUGCCGCGCUGUGCUGCGCGAUUGUCGUUGCCUCUGCGGGCCACGCCAUGGACAGCUCCUCAUUCGUGAGCCCCUUUGCGAGAGUCACGGCGCUGAAGACGUCAUCCAGGCAAGCAACCAAUGGAGGAGGCCCUCACUCACCUCUUCUGCCAUUCAUCGGUUGAGAUCUUAUAUAUGCGCAUUGUUAACAGGCCCAUUAUUCGGCAUCGGGGCACCUCGCUUGAGAUGCAGUUUGGCUUUGGCAGCAAGGAGAACGAGGAGCAGAAGCAGAAGCGAUUUGAGAUGCAGCAGGUGAUCACACACAUACCAAGCCAACCCACCACACGGUGCUGCAAUCAACCGCUGGUGACUCCCUUGCUCACAGGAGAUCCUUCGUAAGCGUCGCGAAGGCGAUCCCCUGAAGAGCAAGUACAAGCCCAAGGAAGCCGCCGAGGGCAUGCCGGGCAAAUCGGAAGGAGGUGAGUCGGCCCGCGUGUGGCCUGCAAGAAACGGUCGGCCCACUCAUCGUUGGUCUGACCGUCUGGCUGUGUGUGUGUGUGUGUGUGUUGUUACGGCUGCAGGAUCUGUCAACUACCAGAUCGGCACGUCCUUCAAGUCGCAGCCGGGUGGGGAGGACGACGGUUGGGUGCUCGUCAAGGGCAAGUGGCGCUACUACCCACAAAACGUCAAGGAAGGCGGGGGGGAGAGCGGGGCUGCCCAAGGCAAGAAAGAGGAGAAGAAGAAGACGGGGCCUUUCGGCCUCUGGUGAGGGAGGGAUGAUUUGCGCCGCAGAGUCAGUAAGUCAGUGAGUCAGUCAGUCAGUCAGUCUUGAGAGAGAUCAGCGAAGGUGAGUCAGGUCAGGCCAUCAUCUGCCCACAUAACGCUAAUUAGAGACAG